AUGCAACUGGUUGCUCUGAUUUGCCGUUUCUUCCAGCUCAUCUUCACUAUUGUCGUCCUCGGCCUCUCAAUAACUCUCGCCAAAGGCCAACAAAUCGGCUCCGUCCCCGCUGAAACAAGUUAUGGUGCCUUUUCUGGCGGUAUCGGUAUCCUCGCCGCACUAAUCGGUGUCGCUGCACUCUUCAUCGAGUCACUUGAUGGAAUCAUCACCUGGAUUCUCGACGGCGUGUCUGCCCUAGCACUGCUUGCUGCUGGUGUCAUCUUCGCCGUCCGACUGCACGGAACGAACUGCUCUGACUUCAGUACUUUGUUUGGACAGAAGCUGCUCAGUGGCGGCUGUGUCAAAGCCAAUGACAAGACCACUUAUUGUUAUUGGGAUGAAGAUCACUUCAAGUCUAGGUGUACUUCUGCUACUGCGGAUACCGCAUUCAUGUUCUUGGGCUUCCUUAUGUGCGUUGAUGUACUGGUUGUGUCUUACAUCUUCCGCAACAGACGCUAG